AUGGCCGAACCGUCGCCGGUCGCCAUCUCCAUGGAAGGUGACCGCUGGGCGCCUUCUCUCAAUGAGAAGUCCAUGGAAGGCGACCAGUCGCCUUCCGCCGGAGAAGCCACCGUGCUUUUAGAGAUUACUUCAACGGUGUCCAAUUUCUGCAGCCUUAAUAGAUUACUUGAUCGUUUUCCGGCUAUCCUCAAAAGGUCCGUCCCAGUUGAAGAAACCCCAGCUGCUGGAACCUCAAGAAAGCAACUUGUUACUCCCAAGUUUCUCUCUUCUGGAAUGGAACACAAUCUUCCAAUUGGUUGGCGCUUCUUUAAGGUUAUGAGGCGGGGGUUCCAUACCAGACUCAACCUGCCGCCCAUUAUGUGUAAGAAGCUUGGUGAAAAAAAGGCGGAAGAAGCGGUGUUAACAGGCCAAAAUGGGAGCUUCAAAGUUAAAAUCCAAGAAGGCAAAGAUCAAAGGCUCUGUUUCACAAAGGGGUGGGAUGAUUUUGUGGGGCAAAAUGGCAUAUCUCGUGGAGAUUUUGCCGUGUUUGAACACAUGGGCAGUUUUCAUUUCAGUGUCGUUCUGUUUGAUCUAACUUGUUGCCAGAAAGAUGUCCAUGUCAACCCAGAAACCACCAGCAAUGACAGAGGAAAGAAUUUGUGUACCGGGCAAGAAAAUUCUAGUUGCUUUACAACCACCAUCAAAGCAUACAAUUUACGCAGAUGUCCUUACAUGGUGAGGCUGUUACUCAUUGUUUGA